CUGUGGAGCUAACGUUACGGAGGGUCAGAGCUCGAGUGUUGUUUUGAAUUUACGAUAAGACACCGACUGGAAGAGGGGCCAGGGCCUGUGGAUAAGAUGGCGGAUGUAGGAGACGAUGAAACUCGGUCGGCUCUCCCUUCGGCAUCCCGUAACGGUCCGGUUGUCAGCCCGUCUGCGGGCACCGCGGGCCAGACCGCGGCUAACGUUACAGUAACGACGGGUCCGCGGAUGGUGAGGAUCGUUAAGUCGGAGUCCGGCUACGGCUUCAACGUCCGCGGUCAAGUAAGCGAAGGGGGGCAGCUCCGGAGCAUCAACGGGGAACUGUACGCUCCUCUUCAGCAUGUCAGUGCAGUUCUGCCCGGAGGAGCGGCAGACCGAGCCGGGAUAUCGAAGGGGGACCGGAUCCUUGAGGUUAACGGGGUGAGUGUGGAAGGUGCCACCCAUAAGCAGGUGGUGGACCUGAUCCGUGCCGGGGAGAAGGAGCUGGUUCUGGCCGUUCUGUCGGUUCCAGCUCAGGAGGCCGAUGGAUUGGAAGGAGGAGAAGAUGUCCAACCCAACUAUGACUACAGUGACAAGCAGGCAGUGCCCAUUUCUAUUCCUACAUACAAACAUGUAGAGCAGCACUCCGAGAGGUUUGUGGUGUACAACGUGUACAUGUCAGGAAGACAGCUGUGCUCAAAGCGCUACCGGGAGUUUGCCAUCCUGCACCAGAAUCUAAAGAGGGAGUUUUCCAACUUCAACUUUCCAAAGCUUCCCGGUAAAUGGCCCUUCUCCCUGUCUGAACAGCAGCUGGAUGCUCGCCGUAGAGGCCUGGAGGAGUAUCUGGAGCGAGUUUGCUCUGUGCGGGUGAUUGGAGAGAGUGACAUCAUGCAGGAGUUUCUCUCUGAAUCAGAUGAGAACUACAAUGGAGUGACGGACGUAGAGCUGCGGAUAGCCCUCCCAGAUAAGACCACCAUCUCUGUCAGAGUCCGCAAGAACAGCACCACAGACCAGGUGUACCAGGCGUUAGUGAUGAAGGUUGGAAUGGACAGUAUUAUGGCGAGCUACUUUGCCCUUUUCGAAGUCAUCAACCACUCGUUUGUGCGGAAGCUUGCGCCUAAUGAGUUUCCCCACAAGCUUUAUGUGCAGAAUUACACGUCGGCAGUGCCGGGGACUUGCCUGGCGCUCCGCAAAUGGUUGUUUAGCUUCCAGGAGGAGGAGUUGCUGAGAGACAACCCGCUGGCACUGCACUACUGCUUUCACCAGGCACUGGAAGAUGUGAAGAAGGGAUUCAUAAAAACAGAGGACAAAUCCUACCAGCUGCAGAAGCUGGCAGAGCAGCGCAAGAUGGCCACGUACCUGAGUCUGUUGCGGACGUGUGAGGGCUACAAUGAGGUGGCGUUCCCACACUGCUCCUGUGACUCCAGGAGGAAGGGACAUGUCAUCACGGCUAUCAGCAUUCAUCACUUCAAGCUGCACGCUUGUACCGAGGACGGCACGCUGGAGAACCAGGUGAUAGCGUUUGAGUGGGGGGAGAUGCAGCGCUGGGACACUGAUGAGGAGGGGAUGGCUUUCUGCUUUGAAUACGCCAGAGGAGAGAAAAAACCUCGCUGGGUCAAGAUCUUCACUCCAUAUUUUAACUACAUGCAUGAGUGCUUUGAGCGGGUCUUUUGUGAGCUGAAGUGGAGGAAACAGGUGGAGGAAGAGGCAUCUGACAAAGACAACAAAAACUGCAGUAACAAUGAGUAUCUGCCUCCUCUGGAGACACAGCAGAAGGGAUGGCGCCACCUAGGGGGGGAGAUUGCAACUUCUUAAAAAUCAUUUGUCAUCACUCGAACUAGAAUCUGGUCCACUUGCAUCACCACAGCCACCCCAGAGAGCGCCCAUCGACAAACACAGAACUGAGCGACAGACUGAGGCGAUCCAUGUCCCAGAAAAACAAACGGGAAAUGACUGAUUUGGGAAACUGGAAUAGCCACACUUAACCGACCCCAGGGAUACACACAGCAAGACGAGCGACGAAGGAAAAUUAACAAAAGCCAACUUUCAUGUCAUUUAUUAGAUCUCCAUAGCGUGUCUGUUGUUUUCCUCCAUGCAUCCGCCCUGUGAUGUUGGGUGCUACUUCCUGCCACUGGUUGAGAUGUGACACAAACAGACUGUGUGACCAGUCAGGGCCACGGCAGCGCUGCGCUGCGGCACCAUUUGCCCAAAGGGAGCACCUCGAGAAACGGCCACUUGACGAGGGAGCCGAUGGACAAUCCCAUCCUGCACAACAGGAUGGUCUCGGCCCGAAGCCUUCAGCGUGGCCCUCGUCUGCUGAACCGAGCGGAGCUGAUAGAGAUGAUAGUGAGAUACAGAAAAAUGGAGUUUUCGCUUCUGUAACAAAAAGCAAAACCACGCUUAAUGCUGACGAUGGACAUUAACACAAAAUGAUGUUUUCUUUCUGUAAGGUCAAAAGUAUUCUGUCUUUGUCAGAAAACGUUGGCGACACAAAUGUAACUAACUGAGACAGGAUAUGUUCGUAAUUGUGUGUUUGUUUAACAAUCUUCUGAUAAAAUUUAGAUUAAUUUAAGAGCUAUAAUAAUUGGCUUCUUGAUCUAACACAACGAAACACUAACUGAACUGCAUUCGAGCUGCUCUAACUAAUCUCGAUUUUUCACCGUUUCUGGUCAAAGAACUUCAGAGCGAUGUCUGUUGGCGGUCUGCCAUUAAUGUCAGUAUGUGUAUUUUUUCCCCUCGCAAGUGUUUUAUUGUGGCGAUUUUGCAGAGCAUGUAAGUUGAGAGGAAGAGGCGUUCUCAUUCUCGGCUCUGCGCGGGGAUGAUGAACUAGAUGCUGAUGGGGCGAGUGUUUUAUAUUCUGAUGGACUGUGAAUAUUUAGACAGCAUGGGAGAGUUUGUGGAGCUGCAGUUUUGUGAAGCGGCAGCAGAGGGCAGCAGAGUGUAAGACAGGUUUAGUCGCAGGCUUUGAGCAGAAAUGGAAAUCUUCUCAGAGCUUCUUAAAGAGUGAUCCCUCGGGCUCUGUAACUCAAAAGUAUCGCUCCUCUGCAGUUUGUCCAUUAACCACAUCAUGAGGACAGAUGGCGUGUGCGCAUGUACCUGUGUGUUGUUCAGGGUGCACAAAGUUGUGAGACUGCAACAGUGAGGAUUCAUAGCAGUGCAGGCAGCUGUUUGACUCUUACUGCAUCUAAAUUGGUACAGUAUUUAUUGUGUGUGAAUGCACAUGACCUAUUAUUACGGUUUUACAGACAAACACAUUUUUUUGUGUUUUAGAGCAGCAUUUCAGUUUUUUCUUUGUAGAUUAAAACAUUUUUUUCUCCCUUCGAAUGUGUCGAAAAGGUUAACAUGCUGACAAAAAAAGAUUUCUGAAUGGUGUGAGUGUGUGUAAAUGUAUUGAUCUCACUCCGAACGCAGUAGUGUUUUGUUUAUCCCACUAAUGGAUAGUAAUUUAUCUCGCCUGAUUCAUUACUGACACAUUCUUGAGCUUCACUCGUUGUCUGGCGGUGACCAAAAACCCUGAAACUUAGGGUGAUGUUGGUGUAUUUUAAUUCACGCUGACUAUAAGAGCACAAGUUUAAGUUCCACUUCAGUCAAAAGGUUUUUUUUUUUCUUUUUCUACAGCUUUAGGUUCAAUAAAAUGUUUAACUCACGCCAAGGUUUAGUCAUAAUUUGCUAUCAGUAGGUUACCUUGGAGUGUGUGCGUGUAUAUCUGUGUGUGUGUGUGUGUGUCCUCUGUGUUUAUCAUUGACAUUGCUGAUAAGGUUUUAGGCUCUGAUUGGACGUGUCUGAUGAGCUGUCGGUGUGAGAGCCAGCAAAUGAAGAUGGGGUUUUGUAUCCGUACGACAACAGAGACGCCAGACAGAUGGAGACAAAUGGGAGGCGUCUCCUAUUGUCUCGCUAACAUUCACAUCCGCUCACAUGCUUUUUCGGCAUAAACACACACACACAUAUCUCUGUCUCCCUGCUACUCUGUGUUUAUUGUAUGACAAAACUGUGUAACAUCACAAAAUAUUUUAUUUGUCAUGCUGUUAUUUCCUCUGAGGGCGGGCUGCAGUUAUACUGUAUAUAGCAAUACUUGUGUGUGUUUUGCACACACACCACAGAUAGCUGAAUUGUGAAAGAAACUGCAGUGUGCAGAUUGCUGGAUGGUCAUUUUGACAGCCAGACUAAUAGCCAAUUUAGAGAUGGAUGACAUAAGAAUUGGAGCUGUUCAACCAUGAUGAUGUUUUUUUUCUCUGUGUAACAUGUAGAGGGGAGAGGCAGAUAGAGGUGGUUUGACUGUGUGUUGGCUUCUCUGUCGUCCGCUCUUACCCUCUCCAGGUUGGUCUCCCAUCAUCACAGGGGGAUGUGGUUGCCGUGGCAGCACCACGUUGGCUCAACACGCUCAGUGCAGCCUCUGUUCCUUUUAUUCCUGUCCGCCAACUGACUCACUCCUCCCAAUAAUGUAUUCAAAGCGGUGUUUUUUUUGUGUUUGAUGUUUGUUCUCUGUCCCCGUGGCUCAUGCUGCUGUGAAUAGGCUUUUAGAAAGCUGCUGUUUUUUUAUAUAUAUAAAUAUAUAUGUGUGUGUUUCGGUUCGUCUGCGCCAGGUGCCAUCUUCCUCUCAGUCACAGGCAGGUGCGCAUAUUGUCAGUCGUCGUCCGUUUCUGCCAUCAGUCGAGAUAAAUGUCAUUGUAACAGUGUUUAGGUGAAAGCAGAAGGAUGACAGGAAUGUUAACAAGCACGUCUUUGAACGUCGGCCCGUGUUUGUUCGUCUGUGUACGCUGUGCUAAGGGCCAUCUGUGUUUGUGUGUGGGGUGCUGGAGAGCCUUGGCUUGUAAGUGAUUAUUUACAAAAAAAAGGAGGGUUUAAUUCCACGCAGGAGUGAACAGAUAACAGAAUGUUGGCUGGAACCGAAAAACAUGUCGCCCGUAGAAUAAAACAUGAACUUGUCCAUGUGUGGACCCGCACAUGAGGCUCAGAAAGUUUCAUCACAAGCGCCACUGAGAGGCUCGUCUGAAAGAUGCUGUUGCUAUAGUAACGCAUCAUUUUUUCGCAAGCCAAAUCAGCGCUCAUCACAUCAUUCGGUGGCAGCGGCAAAAUCUAUUCUGUCUGUUCAAAUUCUGCGGCAUUUCAGUCUCGGAGUCCAGCGUUCAAAGUGGCUUUUAUGAGGCCGCUCAGUCAGUCUCUUUGCUUUGACGGUUCACACGGAGCCGCGUCGUUUGUCUCAUCAUUAAUGUGUAGACUUGAUGUGCGUCGACCUCUGGAACAAACAUCCAGCUCGGAGGCCGCCAGCUGCCAGCUUUCCCAUUUCAGCUGACAGGUCCUACCUUAACUAACAUGAAGGGUGGAUGUAAGUGCAGUUUUCAAAAGUGUUAGCCUUUGUGUAAUUAAUUUCAGCCCAUACGCAGUGACGUCAAUUAAAAGCCUAAGCCUUGUUUGUCUGUCUUCAGCAUAACCUGUAAAUAGUUGUUUUAAAAAGAAAAAGAGAAUAUAUCUUGGACAAAAUGCACUCUUGUUUCUCCAACUCAAAACUUUUAUUUAUUUAAACAGAAAUUAUAAAGAUUGGGGAAAUGAUAGCGUGCAAUGCGAGGGCCACUGUUGAUCACUGAUUUUGUUGGUGGGGAACGGCUGUAUGGAGGAUUAGCUAACUACACAAAGAAGCUGUUAACAAGAGAAGCAGUGUCUAAAAACAUUAACACCUGAUGCAGAACUAGGCUACAAAAUGGAGUUUUAUAUCUUAAAAAACACAUGAAGGUUUACUAACCUAUAAGAAAAAAGGAAAAAAAAGGUUUGAAAAUGUUGUGUAGAGUAAUAAAUUGUAACAAUAUUUUAAAUAAAGUUAUAUAUUGGGAACAAAA